GCACCGAAUCACACGUGUGUGGAAAGCAAAAACAGCCAACCGGAUUUUAAACUUUGCGCAUGUUUUUAGCUUAACUGUGUUUAAAGAAAAUGUCAAACUUUUUGAUAAACACCCUUUUGUCUCACUAUCCCGACCCGGAGAGUUUGGUCGACACGUUAUGCUGGACAAACACAACAAACCCAGACAUAGAGAAGAUUGAAGCUUUAACUGUUUUGAUCAAGGAGCUCUCCAUUAAACCACAAGACGAGCGCUUUAUCCGUAAAGUUCAGUCAGUGAUAUGGAAUCAGUGCAUGCCGUUAAUACAAACCAUCUUGAGUUCAGAAGAUGGAGGAAAAAACCUGCUCAGUGCUGUCUGUGGACUGUUUGCAGUUUGUGUCAGCGUUUGUCAGACCAGCGAUGUACCUGAGCAGAUCCUUCAAGCUCUUCUUCCUGUGCUGACGACGAGAGAUGACGCCAACCAUGAAGCCAAUAGAGCUGACAUGGAAGUGGCUAUUGAAGCCAUCGCAGUUUUGUUAUCCAGCAUCUCGUAUGACAGGUCCAUCAUCUCCAAGACACUCUCAUGCACACUUUACUGUGUUAAACAUCUCUCGGACUCCAUAAUCUCCAAGAUCAUAGUGCGCAUCUGGUUCACCAUCCUCAAGUCCUGCGGUGAAGAUGCUGAAUCGGAGGUCCUGCUUCAGAUUUGGGAUGAUUUAUUAUGGUGGCAUCAGAAAGAUCAGACAGAGUCAGCAUCCACUAGGGUUUUGUUGUGUCUCACUGCUCUUUCUGACCAUCUCUACUCUUCUGAAACAUCUCCAAACCGACCGAACCCUAGAAGAUCUCAGAGGUUCUUUAUGGCGGUUCAAGAUGGAUUGACGCACAGGGACAGUGUGACCCGCAAACGGGCGCUUUAUUUGCUCACCAGGUGUGUGUCACUGGCAGAGAUGAAGAGUGAAGAUGUGGUCAGCAGUGAGGAACAUGAAACAGAUGAAAUCCUGUUCAGAUGGACACCAGAUAAACAGAAGCUGCUGAGGGAAUUCUGGGAGGAUUAUGCUUUAGUUUUAGAGACUCUAGAGGAAAAUCAGAUUCAUGUGAUUCGACCUGUACUCAACAGGAUAGACAUGCUCGUUGAGUCAACCGCAACUGACAUCCAAGGUAGGCUGUUUUCUCCAUCAUGGCUGCUGUGUGUUUAUCAGCGCAUGUUUCACAGCGAGAACAAAGCCGUGAUGAAGGAAGGAGUUCAUCACCUGUUACAGCUGAAAGCACUGCAUCAGCCUGCCUUUGCUUUGGCUUUUUCACAGUUUGUAAUCGGCCCUCUUAUGGAUGUUCUUGCAGAAAGCUCUUUAUAUCACAGAGCUCCUCAACAGAACAUCAGAGAUUGUCCAGAGCUUGGAGUGAAGCUCCAGAUCUUUAUGGUGAAUUUCUUCAACAGUUUGCCAGAAGAGAACAGAGGUUCAGUGUUGCUGCGGCUCAUUCAGCGCUUGGGCUCUCGGCAGUGGUGCGCCGUCCCACUGCUCUUUCUGUCCCAGGCCCUGUCCUGUCUCUCCCCCUGUCCUUUACUGGGAUCUGAUGGACUACAGGCGUUCAGAGAAGUUCUGCGCUGCGCUAUGAUCACUCAUCAGGUUCUUCUGAGAGGAGCUUCACAGUGUUUUUUGCUCCAUGCUGCCCUCUGCCUGACAGAUGUGUCAGCAGUGUCUCUGGAUGAGAUUUUUGCUUUUCUUGUACAUUUUCGAGCUGAUGAGUCUCUGUGUCGCGGUACAGCACUUUGGAAAGAGCUGUGUAAGUGGCUACAGGCCAAUGAAGGAGGUUUUGCUUUGGCCAGCGGUGGCUCAGGCUCUGAUGAACUUCACACUGAAUAUCCUAAUGGUGAUGGAGCUGCUGUAUUUACUUACACCCGACAGAGACUGAAGACUUUCCUCACUGUUUCAGCCUCAGAUCAGACAGGAGAUCUCCCUGAUCCAGCUGAAGCAGAGCUGCUGGCGAAGGCUGUGCUGUUAACAGCAGACGUGCAGCAGAUGAAGAGCGAGGAACCUGCUCUAGACCUGCUCCUCCAGCCGCUUCUGGACAUCCUGCACAGACUCAGCACUAAUGUUUAUCUGCUGCUGCACAAGACGGACAAAAGCCUGCAGUUACUGCUGCGCCUGCUGCAACUUCACCGCAAGCGCUCAGAGACACAGCAGGAGGACACUGAGGAUGUUGUGGCUGUUGUGGUAAAGACACACGUUCUGUCUGUGGUGGAGUCUGUGCAGGAGUUUCUGCUGAGGAGAUUGACUGGAGAAUUGAAGGAGUUGUGUGACUUGCAGAGGACUGAACUUUAUCUGGCAGUUUUAAGAGAGCUCGUUCUCACUUUCUCCACCGUAUUGUGGUACAGCUCAAAUCUGCAGCAAAACUACAUCCCAAAACUCACCACGCACUGCCUGAGGAUCCUCAAUGAACCCUCUGAACAGAAUCAGGUCCAGAGAGCUGUCAGUAUGGCCACACUAGCGCUGUUGUGUGAUGUGGCUGAUCGAGGUUUCCUGAACACUCAGUCUGAAGCCAUGAGAUCCCUUCUGUCACUCAGACAAUACUUCUAUCCUUCAUAUUCAUCAUCAUCUCUGCAUCUCAACCAGACAUUACAGAAACCCACAGCUGUGGCCCUCAGUCACUCAGAGGACAGUGUCGUGCUGAAGGACUGGGGUCGAGUUGUGGCUCAGUUUAUCCGGGAUCAGUGGACAUGUCUGAGUUUCCUCCUGAGGUCUGAUGGGACACUUCAGGUUCCUGAAGCUGCUGAGGUUUUGAGGGAAGCAGUGGAGGCUCUGGCUUUGCUUCCUGGUCAUCUUGUUCUGCCGGUGCUGGACUUCAUGUCUUCAGUUUUACCACAGCAGAUGGUGCAGUGUGAAGAGCCUCUGUGUGUUGAGGCCAUAUGUGCCUCAUGGAAGGUGGUUCAGGCUCUGAGCACAAACCCUCAUGACUUCUGGUCAACACUGCAGGCGUUCGUACGCUUGGCUUUUCACCAGCAGCUUCUGCAGCUCACGGAGGAACAGAAGCCCAGGAUCACAGCCUGCAUACAACAGGUUUUGAAGGAGCUGAUGGAUUUAGCUCAGGUCCGAUCAGGAGUGUUUAAUGUUGUGAUCCAGCACUGCUGCGAGACGUGGUUACCUUCAGAUGGUGUUCAGUCUGACACAGUGUUCAGUUCAGCUCUUCUACACCUCGACAUCCUCACCGAGGCCUGCAUUUACGGCCCGGUGUUCAGAAGAGACCAGAGGCUUGUUCAGGAGGUUCAAAGCUAUGUUGAGCAGCUUGGUGAACGUUGUGCAGCAAACACCGCUGUCAGCAGUGAUGUCAGAGAUGAUCAGUUUCCUCGAGUGUGUGUCCUGGCGUUUCUCUGUCGCUUGAAUCCGUCUCAUCAUCCUCACCAGCGUCUGAUGGAGGAGCUGGUGCUGAGGCUGCUCAUCAAGGAUGCAGAGAUCUCCAAAUCUAAAGUGCGUUACUACAGCAACUCCAUGCAGCACAGAGUGAAGAGCCGUGUGUGGCAGACACUGCUGCUACUGCUUCAUCAGCUCAGAGAUGAGUUUGUGUCGGAGUGUGUGUUGAGUCGUGUGUGUGAGGCUGGAUUCUCCAGUAACCAAGCCUCCGUCAAAUACCUGAUCGAGUGGACUCUCAUCCUAGUCCUCCAGCGGACCCCAUCUCUCAUCCAGAGCCUCUGGAACUGCUUCAGUCUGGAUCAUGAAAAGACGAAAACCAGCAUCUGCACUUUUCUCUCUGUCCUUGUGCACCUGGACGUCCUCCUCCCAAAACUGGCAGAUAAGGCCAGGCAGUGGCGUCGGGCAGUGGAGGUGAGUCUGCAGUGGUGUUUCAGUCAUAACUUCAGUGUUCGACUGUACGCACUGCUCGCCCUGAAGAGGGUCUGGGAGUUGCAGGACGCUCAUGUCCUUGUGGAGGAAGAUCUAGGUGGACUGAGCACAGUAGUCCAGGCCUGUUUACAGCAGGCUGAAGCCAUGCAGAACACCGGAAAUGCAAUGAAAAAUUGGUCUAGAAUCCAGGAGCAUUUCUUUUUCAGUGCUUUCCACCCAAUCCGGGAUUACAGCAUUGAGACUAUAUUCCAGAUCUUUCCUCGUCUCUCAGAGAUGGCAGAAGAUGAGUGGCUCCCACUAUGGAAAUUUGAGAGUUUUGUUGACUUCCCAACGAACAGCGCUCUGCCCUUGAAGAACCCUGGGACUGAUCUGAGUGAACUCCAGCCUGGAGACUGGAUCCAGCAGGACAAAGGGGAUUUGGAGCUGGAGGAGCGCUGGGCAGAAGUGCAGAAGAAGAUCAGCCCAUGGAAGCUAAGUGUCCAGGAGCAGGAGCCAGAGCUCAUGGCCCAGCAGAGAGCCUCACGCCUGGGCAAACUCACCAGCAGCCUCCUGGUAGUCGCAUCGCUCAUUGACAAGCCCACCAAUCUGGGCGGUUUGUGCAGAACUUGUGAGAUCUUUGGGGCUAAAUCUCUGGUUCUGGACAGUUUACGACAUGUUAAUGACAAACAGUUUCAGGCACUGAGUGUUUCUUCAGAAUUGUGGCUGCCAAUGAUGGAGGUGAAGCCUGCUGAGUUGUUAGAUUUCCUGCAGCUUAAGAAGAGCGAGGGAUACUGGGUAAUAGGCGUAGAGCAAACAUCCAACAGCCAGAGUCUACAGGAUUACACGUUUCCUGAGAAAAGCCUCCUACUGCUCGGUAAUGAAAGAGAAGGUAUUCCUGCCAAUGUGCUGCAGCUGCUGGACGUGUGUGUGGAGAUUCCUCAGUUCGGCGUCACUCGCUCCCUCAAUGUGCACGUCAGCGCCGCUCUCCUGGUGUGGGAGUACACGAGACAGCAUUCAGGACACGACACUGCUUCAUAAAACACCAGAUUCACUCAGCACUCUUCUGUGUUUUAGCAGAACACGUCUGAUGGUGUUCAGGAGAUGUUGCAUUGAACAGUUUCUUGAUGAUCCAAAUCAAAUGAGUCAAAAGAUUCACUCUGCUUGAUGAGAAUCUUCCGAUUUUAUUAGAAAGAUGGAGAACUGCAUCAUUUAUGUGUACAUGUGCGAUUUAUACACUGUUCUCCUUGUGUUGUGACAUCUAAAAGUGAUGGAUAUUCAAGUUUUAUUUUCUAUUUUAAAUGAAAUGUUUUAAUGUUGUUUUUGAAUUUAGUUUCAAAUAAAAACUUUGUUACAAAA